UUAUUACAUUUGUGACAGUUAAACAGUGAAGAAUGAAUUUAUCGUUCGCUGGGUGCGGGUUUCUUGGCAUUUAUCAUGUCGGCGUAGCAGUGUGUUUUAAGAAAUAUGCACCACACUUGCUUUUGGGUAAAAUAUCUGGCGCCUCGUUUGGUGCUCUGUCAGCCUGCUGUUUACUGUGUGAUGUGCCUAUAGGUGAAAUAACCAGUGAUGUCCUCCGAGUGGUCGGAGAGGCCCGGGCAGGGUCCCUCGGCCCCUUCAGCCCGUCCUUCAACAUCCAGAACGUGCUUCUGGAAGGCAUGGACAAGUACCUGCCGCAUGACGUGCACAAGAUCGUCAGCGGCAAGCUCCAUAUAUCACUCACGAGAGUGUACGAUGGGAAGAACGUCAUUGUCUCGGAGUUUCCAACGAGGCAGGAUUUAAUGCAGGCAUUACUAGCGUCAUGUUUCGUGCCAGUGUUCAGUGGUAUGCUGCCACCGCGCUUCCACGGCAUCCGAUAUAUGGACGGCGGGUUCAGCGACAACCUGCCCGUGCUCAACGAGAACACCAUCACAGUCAGCCCGUUCUGCGGAGAGAGCGACAUCUGCCCGAGGGAUCUUAGCUCGCAGUUGUUCCAUGUCAGUAUAGCCAACACAAGCAUAGAGCUAUCAAAGCAGAACAUCAACAGAUUCGCCCGCAUCCUCUUCCCGCCGAAGCCGGAGGUGCUGAGCAACAUGUGCAAGCAAGGCUUCGACGACGCCCUAAGGUUCCUGCAACGGAACAACAUGAUCUCCUGCACGAGGUGCUUGGCGGUGCAGUCCACCUUCCAACUGCAGGAGGUCCUGGAUGAUACUGUGUACGAUUAUGACCCGGAUUGUGAGGAGUGCAAGACACAUAGACAGGACGCACUAGUGGACGACCUACCCGACACAGUGAUGUCGAUAUUCCAAAACGCAAUAGACUCGGCCAACCACGGCAUCGUGAACUGGGUGAUGCGGCAGCGCGCCGUGCGCUACCUCAGUAUCAUGACUCUGCCGUACCGCGUGCCCAUUGACAUCAUGUACGCUACUCUCACCAACUACGUCGGGGAUACCGUAGAGAAGCAUUCGGUGCAAUACAAAGUGGCCGCUAAUGUGCUCGUCCUUAGGAAGAGAUGUAUCCGACACAACAACAUUAUGACUAGAUUUGUAGCGUGCACACCGAAGAUGUCGCGGUCGCUAUGGAAGCUCAGCCUGAACGUCGUGCAGCAGCUGCAUGGGUUCCUGUACUCCGCGCACGACCGGUCCGAGGCCGCCGCGCAGAUCUACUACAAGCUCACCAUGGACGCGAAAAAGGAAGUUGCCGACGGACGCCAGGUGGACAGAAGAAGAGCGAGCGAGAUGCGCAUAUCGUACGGAGACGUGCUCGCGGACGACACUUUCGAACAUAUCCUCAAUGUGACGUCACACAACGACGCACUCCUGGCUUAUUACUACCUCGACAGCAACAAUAAGAUGAAAAUGACAGAGAUAUACGACGUGACGGACGCGGACACGGACGCGGUUCAGUCGCCGACCGAGCGCGUCGUCAACGAGCAGCUCGAGUUCGACAACGACUGGUCGCGCGACAUGAUCGCAGAUACCGACUCGCUCGACGUGGACGGCCUCGACAUCGACGAAGAGUCGCUCGGCGACCGCAACCUGUUCUCGGACCCCGAGAGCGAGUGGCGCCGACACUCGCUCGCCAGCUCCGAGAGCGACGCCGAGCAACCCGAGAGCGACCGCCACCAUAUCUACGAGACUUGCUAGACUGACC